UGAUACUUGAGGAAUGAUGGAUGGUAGCUUUAAACUAGUUCUCAAGUUACAAACUCCUCUCGGAGGAUUUCAGAGUAUUUUUUUUCCUGCAUCGCAUCUUACCAUUUUUAGCAUUCUACAAAGCUACCAUGCCAAUGAUAGACUUAACUUCAACUGCGAUCCCAAACCCAGUGAUUUUAUCAGACAACUUUGCUAUGACAACUACAUUUCCACAGUUACCAAGCCUCAUGGUUUAAUACCUCGGAACGUUGUUGCCAUAACCUUCAGUGUUUUGUGUGCAUGCUGGAUCGUCUUUGGAAUUUAUGGUGUUGUGACCCUUCGAAAAAGACCAGGAUACAAGGAAAAAAACACAAAGAAAUUUCUUUACGCCUACUUCAUCCAUGUAUUCUUUCGAAUAUUUUUCCUGGGUGUUAUGUUAGGGCUGGUCUGCAGUUACCAGACAAUUUUUUUACCUUCAGUUUUUAAGUGUGGUGUUAAAGAGAUCUUGCAGACCAACAGUCAAACCACGCCAAGUUCACUCAACCAGACAAAAUUAAAACUGCAAUGUAAUGAUCUUCAUUACAAGGAGAAAUCUUACCUAAACAUAACUUUUAUCUCUGUCGAUGCCUUCUUUAUGGUGGUCAGUAUAUUGGAAGUCCUGCACUUGUACCGUAUCAGGGAAAACUAUGUGCAAAAGUUGUUAGGAAACCUUGAAGACUUUGAGGUUCAAGAGUUACUGCAAAAAAAGCCAACCAUCACAAACACAGAAGUAGAAGUUGACAAGGAUUUCAUUGUUACCUGGUCAGAAGCUGAGGCCAGCAGCAGUAAUAGCAGUAUUAAAUACCGUCUAGAAUGUUGGAAACAAUUCAUGACAGGAUCCACAAAAAUCUUUCAACAAGGAGAUAUUGUUGAAACUCGCCACACGAUAACUGGCCUUGAGUAUGACACAGACUACGAAGUGAAACUGUUCGCUGUCAACGAACAAGGAGACAGUGAACCAGAUGUCAGAACAUUUAAGACAAAGAGUGGUUUACCUGAGAAACCAGCCAUCACAAACACAGAAGUAGAAGUUGACAAGGAUCUCAUUGUUACCUGGUCCGAAGCUGAGUCCAACAGCAGUAAUUGCAGUAUUAAAUAUCGUCUGGAAUGUAGGAAACAAUUCAUGACAGGAUCCACAAAAAUCUUUCAACAAGGAGAUAUUGUUGAAACUCGCCACACGAUAACUGGUCUUGAGUAUGACACAGAGUAUGAAGUGAAACUGUUCGCUGUCAACGAACAAGGAGACAGUGAGCCAGAUGUCAGAAGAUUUAAGACAAAGAGUGGUUUACCUGAGAAACCAAUCAUCACAAACACAGAAGUAGAAGUUGACAAGGAUCUCAUUGUUACCUGGUCAGAAGCUGAGUCCAAAAGCAGUAAUUGCAGCAUUAAAUACCGUCUGGAAUGUAGGAAACAAUUCAUGACAGGAUCCACAAAAAUCUUUCAACAAGGAGAUAUUGUUGAAACUCGCCACACGAUAACUGGUCUUGAGUAUGACACAGAGUAUGAAGUGAAACUGUUCGCUGUCAACGAACAAGGAGACAGUGAGCCAGAUGUCAGAAGAUUUAAGACAAAGAGUGGUUUACCUGAGAAACCAGCCAUCACAAACACAGAAGUAGAAGUUGACAAGGAUCUCAUUGUUACCUGGUCAGAAGCUGAGUCCAACAGCAGUAAUUGCAGUAUUAAAUAUCGUCUAGAAUGUAGGAAACAAUUCAUGACAGGAUCCACAAAAAUCUUUCAACAAGGAGAUAUUGUUGAAACUCGCCACACGAUAACUGGUCUUGAGUAUGACACAGAGUAUGAAGUGAAACUGUUCGCUGUCAACGAACAAGGAGACAGUGAGCCAGAUGUCAGAAGAUUUAAGACAAAGAGUGGUUUACCUGAGCAAAAACCAAUCAUCACAAACACAGAAGUAGAAGUUGACAAGGAUCUCAUUGUUACCUGGUCAGAAGCUGAGUCCAAAAGCAGUAAUUGCAGCAUUAAAUACCGUCUGGAAUGUAGGAAACAAUUCAUGACAGGAUCCACAAAAAUCUUUCAACAAGGAGAUAUUGUUGAAACUCGCCACACGAUAACUGGUCUUGAGUAUGACACAGAGUAUGAAGUGAAACUGUUCGCUGUCAACGAACAAGGAGACAGUGAGCCAGAUGUCAGAAGAUUUAAGACAAAGAGUGGUUUACCUGAGAAACCAAUUAUCACAAACACAGAAGUAGAAGUUGACAAGAAUCUCAUUGUUACCUGGUCAGAAGCUGAGUCCGCCAGCAGUAAUUGCAACAUUAAAUACCGUCUGGAAUGUAGGAAACAAUUCAUGACAGGAUCCACAAAAAUCUUUCAACAAGGAGAUAUUGUUGAAACUCGCCACACGAUAACUGGUCUUGAGUAUGACACAGAGUACGAAGUGGAACUGUUCGCUGUCAACGAACAAGGAGACAGUGAGCCAGAUGUCAGAAGAUUUAAGACAAAGAGUGGUUUACCUGAGAAACCAAUUAUCACAAACACAGAAGUAGAAGUUGACAAGGAUCUCAUUGUUACCUGGUCAGAAGCUGAGUCCGCCAGCAGUAAUUGCAGCAUUAAAUACCGUCUGGAAUGUAGGAAACAAUUCAUGACAGGAUCCACAAAAAUCUUUCAACAAGGAGAUAUUGUUGAAACUCGCCACACGAUAACUGGUCUUGAGUAUGACACAGAGUAUGAAGUGAAACUGUUCGCUGUCAACGAACAAGGAGACAGUGAGCCAGAUGUUCGAAGAUUUAAGACAAAGAGUGGUAUGUACCUUUAUUUAAGACUUCUCACUUUACUUUUGAUAGAAUCGUUUGAAAUGAAAUAA